CUUUGAUCCUGAAGACCACGAACUCAUCAAAUAUCAUCUACUACCCAAGUUAGAAACGUAUCUACAACCCAAGUCGAAAGAUGAAGAGUGUGAAGACUUCAUCGUGAUGAAGAACGUUUACGAUAAGGAGCCAUGGUUGCUGGACCAUACCAAUCAUCCGUUGUUCAAGAAGAACGAGUGGUUUUAUUUCGUGACAAGGACUCAAGUGUCAGUGAAGAACAUUGGUCGUGGUAGGAACUCAAAGCGGAGGAUCGCCGGGGACAACGAUGGUGGGAGUUGGAAGCCUAACGCUAAAAAAUAUAUUGAGGACGAAGAGAGAAAGAAGACCAUAAUAGGGAAAAAGCAAACUCUAAAGUUCACUAAAAGCGACAACAAUAAGAGGCAGAAGAGAGGAGACGGUACUUCUGCUGCCGUUCCAGGGAGCACUAGUAGCUGGAUUAUGUACGAGUAUUCGCUACCGGACGAAAAUACGUUUCAAGAACUGGUCCUGUGCAAGAUUCGCAAGAUAAGUAAUUCUAAGGAUGAAGAAGUUGAAGCCGUGGAUGUGACACAUGACGCAGAAGAUGGGACUGGAGAGCUCGUUGAAAGAUUCGCAAGAACGGGAUUGUAUGAUCAACAAACAACGGAGAAAUAUGAUCAACAAGAGCCACCAAUGUACGCUCCUUCUCAAUCUAGUGAUCCUCCAGCUAGGCUUGGCAAUAAAUCUCUAUACCAAUAGAAGUGGAUGAUGAUGAAGAUGAAGAACAAGUGAUGAACCAAGAGCUUGAAAAACAUCUUUUCAAGUCCACCGAGAGCUUAGUUUUCAUGUACAAACACAAGAAGUGUAAACACUCUUAUUAAAAAUCUUCUUAAUGUUGUUCAAGGUUAUUCUUUAUUGUUUGUAAAAUAGUUUCAAUUAUGCGAUUAAAUUUUUUCCAUCAAACAAAGAUAAUCAAUUAAUACGUUUUGUGAAUAUUUGGGUAAUAAGUUAGAUGAUACAAUACACUGCAUGAAUUACUAGUAGGUCAAUGAUAUGACCUUUACAAUGC